UACGUUACUUUACUUGCAGGUUUUUCUCCGUCCAACCGAUCUGCUCCAAAAAUUCUUCAAUAUAUUCCUCGCAAUUUCGAUCAGACGAUACCUGUGGCGGUGAUCGGCGCCGGCUUGUCAAACCAGCGUGUGUGUAUCUUCCCACCCUUCGCACCAAACGGUGUCAACCAUUCGGAGUUUUUUAACGAGUGCAAACCACCUUGCUGUUAUUUUCUGGCUAAAAAUUAUGGACAUACUGAUAUGUUAGAUGACGAAAUUGCUGCAAUUGCGAGUUUGAUUUCAAAGAGUGGGAAGGGACCAAAGGACCUUAUGAGAAAGGCUGUUGGAGGGAUUGUUGUGGCUUUUCUUGAGGCUAAAUUGGGAGGGAAAGUGGAUAAUUUAAAUCCCAUUGUUCAAGAACCUUCUCUUGCUCCCAUCACCCUUGAUCCAGUCAUAUCUGUCAAAUAAUUUUUUCUUGUAAUUGUUUUGUGUUAUUGAUUUUAUCGAAAAGUUCUAAAUAUA